GCUGGUUGUUGGGGAAACUGCUCCUGGUGUAGCUAUAUUUGUAUACAUAUAAAUUAUGUGUAUUUUAUAUGUGUCUAUAUAAAUAUUUGCAAGUAUUUUUGGAGCUGUCCUGGGCAGGGCCAGGAGUUUGAUGGUCCUAAUGAUUCCCAUAUGAUACAACUCAGUAUAUUUACAUUUAUAUAUUAUUUAUAAUAUUAAAAUAUUAUAAGUAAUAUUCUAUUUAUACUAUAUUUAUAUAUUAUUUGACUUAUAAAUGUAGUAUAUACAUAUCUGCUGCUGGGACUGGAACACUCCCUGGUUCCCAGAGCAUUCCCGGUGAGGAGGAGCUGCCCAUGAGCUCACUGGGGGAGGAGCUGCCAUCCUCUGCCACUGAUUGAUCCCUGAUCAUUAAUAUUUAACUUGGCUGCUCUGUUUAACGAAGGGGAUGAGAUAAUCCCUUGGAUGGUGAGGAUCCAGCGCUGGUGGAGUUUUGUCCCAGAAAUUCAGGCAGCUGCUGCAGAGUGUUGGGAUUACAGAGCUGUUAAUCUUUUAAUUAAGGAUUUUAAUUUAAGGCAGAAAUGAAGUAUCCAGUGUGAAAUUGAAAUGAGAACCUGACAGCAGCACUUUCAGAAAGAAAAUUUAUCUUCUUUUAUUCUGGCUGUGGAAAAGUCUCAGGAAAUGGGCAAAGGAUGGAACUCCAACAGCAGCAGUAACCACAGCAACGGGGGCUGAGGCACCAUGGAGCAGUACACUGCCAACAGCAGCAGCUCCACGGAGCAGAUCGUGGUGCAGGCAGGGCAGAUCCAGCAGCAGCAGCAGGGAGGUGUCACAGCUGUCCAGCUGCAGACUGAGGCCCAGGUGGCAUCGGCCUCAGGCCAGCAAGUCCAGACCCUCCAGGUAGUGCAGGGGCAGCCGCUGAUGGUGCAGGUGAGCGGGGGGCAGCUCAUCACCUCCACGGGCCAGCCCAUCAUGGUGCAGGCCGUGCCCGGGGGCCAGGGCCAGACCAUCAUGCAGGUGCCCGUGUCCGGCACGCAGGGGCUGCAGCAGAUUCAGUUGGUCCAGCCAGGUCAGAUUCAGAUUCAAGGUGGGCAGGCUGUGCAGGUACAGGGGCAGCAGGGCCAGACCCAGCAGAUCAUUAUACAGCAGCCCCAGACUGCAGUUACUGCUGGCCAGACACAGACCCAGCAGCAGAUUGCAGUGCAAGGCCAGCAGGUUGCCCAGGCUGCUGAGGGCCAGACCAUCGUGUACCAGCCCGUGAAUGCUGAUGGCACCAUCCUGCAGCAAGUUACAGUCCCUGUUACAGGCAUGAUCACCAUUCCUGCAGCCAGCCUGGCUGGAGCCCAGAUUGUCCAAACAGGAGCCAACACCAACACCACCAGCAGUGGCCAGGGGACGGUCACAGUGACACUGCCAGUGGCUGGGAACGUGGUCAAUUCAGGGGGAAUGGUCAUGAUGGUGCCUGGAGCUGGCUCAGUCCCAGCCAUCCAGAGGAUCCCUUUGCCUGGAGCAGAGAUGCUGGAAGAGGAGCCCCUCUAUGUCAAUGCCAAGCAGUACCACCGCAUCCUGAAGAGGAGGCAGGCACGGGCCAAGCUGGAAGCAGAGGGGAAAAUCCCCAAGGAGAGAAGGAAAUACCUGCACGAGUCCCGGCACCGGCACGCCAUGGCCAGGAAACGGGGAGAGGGGGGUCGCUUCUUCUCCCCCAAGGAAAAGGACAGCCCUCACAUGCAGGAUCCAUCUCAAAGCAACGAAGAAGCAAUGACACAGAUGAUCAGGGUCUCCUAACCCCUGCUUCCCAGGAAAAACACCUGAAGGGAAUUCCCAUCCCUCCUGCCAGCCUGUCCUGCCUGCCCAGAGUGUCCAGUGAAUCCUGGAGUGGGACAAUCUCCAUGUCACAGCCUGUCCUUUUCCACAGAGCAAGCACCACGUGUUGAGGACGUGCUUGAGGUUUCAAUUCUACCAACAGAACCUUUCAGGCUUCCUUGGUGCCCUCUCCUGAUCCAGCACAGGGAAUUCAGAGUCCGAGUGCUCUUCUCUGGUUUUCCUUCAUUUCCCCACCUUUUCCUGGGGCUGGUGCAGCUCAGCCCUGUCCAGGGACAGAUUCCAGCUCCUCCAGCCAGCACUGAAUGGCUGCACCUCGGGGCUGGGUUUGCCCAGCAGAGAUUUGUUAUUCCAUCCACUCCUCACCCCUUUGGACUUGGUUUUCCCUGAGCUGGACCCUGCACUUCCGAGCCUGGCAGAAACUGAAGGGGAUUCUUUUCAAUUCCACCUUGUAAAUGUGUAAAGAAGCUCUUCUCUGGGAAAGGUUCAGCCAUCCAAUCAAUGCUAGAAAUAGUCAAGAUUACUGCAGGACUUGAUGUGUUGUGUCUCUGUUGCAAGUGGGGUGGGAGAGGGAGAUGUGGGGGGAUUGGGUCAGUAAAUCAGUCUCUGGGUGGGUUUGGAUGUUCAUUGCCAGUACUUGUUGCUUGGAAGAAAACUGGAUGUGAGUCUAGAAAGGAUUGAAACUUUUCAGUGACUCUCUUCCAAAGGAUUUUUUUUUUUAAAUCUUCUUUCUCACCUGCCAGUGAAGUCCAUGGUUCCUCCAGGAGAUGUGGAACCCUCAGUGUGACACUGGUGGCACUUGGCCAUGGUUGGGAUGGAGUUUCUGAUGCCUAAAUCAUUUCUACAGUUCCAGAGUGAGGGGUGAUUCAGGACAGCAGCAGCUGGGGCAGCUCAGCCUGAGGCACCUGAAGGACUCAGCAGAUACUGAUGAACCUUUCGUGCUUUUUGUAAAUUAAGCUCUUAAAAACAAAACAGAAGUGGCACUUAGCAAAGGAGCAAUACUUACAUGAUUAAAAAAUAGGAUUUUCCCAUGACCUACAGCUGGCUUUGGGCUGAGCAUCUCCCCAGAACAGUUUUCAUUUAGAUUCUAAGCCUGCUCUAUUAUGAUUUGAAUUUAGUGAUGGGAGCAGUAUUAAAAGCAUUUAACAGGUGAUUUCUCACCAUUGCACUCCUGUUCCCUCUCACCUUGAUGAGUGACACAGCUGCUCUGGGGAUCAUCUGCCUGCUGGAGUCCCAGAAUUUCCAGGCUUUGGGUCCUGUAAUUCAAACUGGAUCACAGCAGUGAAGUUUGGGAUUGGGAAUGUUGCUGGGUGAAUGUGAACCUGGCCAGGUGAAGCUGAAGAGUGAAGAGUUUUUGAGGAAAUGCUGCCAAGGAUGGGUGAGACUGGGUUCAAUCCAGUGAAUGCUGAAUUCAAGUGACAAGGAAAUGCAGCUUGGAAAUUACAUUUUCUACCUCCCAUCUUUUCCCAUUUACUGGAAAUUUAUGGCUAAAGACAAAGUGGAGGGCAAAUCAGCAAGUUGUGGAAGACUGGGAGGAUACAAAAGAACAGAGCUUGCAAAAUUCUGUUUCCUUUGGAUGAAAAAAAAAUGCUAAACCUGAGAGUAUGAGAUUGAGGAGAAAUGUUGGAUCCUUGCUGUGAGCAGGCAAUCCUGGAGGAAGAGGGAGCCUGUUCAGGUGGAAGGAUGCCCUGUGCAGGCAGUGGAAGGACAAGGAGGAGCUGCAGAGGUUUGGAAUUGCCAGCUGGAUCUCUAAAUGCAGCUCAGCUCCUUGGUGUGAGUCCUGGUUCCUGUCCCUGCCCACAGCUGCAGCUGGGAAGGACACUCAGGGACUCCUGCAGCUGCAGGAGGAGCUGGCCUGGCUCCUGGCAGGCAAAUAAAUCUUCUUUCUUUCAGUUUUUGUCCCAAGUUAGAUGAGUAAUCUGACACUCUGCUCACAACCCUUAAUUAGGAUUUAUCUCUAAUAAUUCCAAGGGCAUUUUUGACAUCGAUGGCAUCAUCAGGGCCUCUGGUUGCUUCUGCCUUAAAUCCUUGUCCAGUUGGUGCUGGUUUUCCUCAGCUGGCACCUAAACUCACACAGCAUUUCCUGGGGUCUCCCCCAUUCCAGGAAGGUGCAGCUCUCCUUAAGGGAUUUUAGUUGAAUUUGCAGCAUUACUGUAAAUAUUUUUUUGGAGCAUCUGUACAUUUUGUUGGAAUAUUUGCGUGCUGGAGUAAGACCCUCUCCGUGAUAUUUUUUGCUCUUCAGUUGAUGGUAAAUCUGUCCUGAAACAACUUUUUGAAAGCUGGAAGUUCAGGAAGCAAGAUUAUUGCUCUGACAUAGGUUUUGUUUCUUUUUUUUUUUAAUGACUAAUUACUUUCCUUAAAGAACUUGUAAACUUUUUCCCAAUAUCCUUUCAUAUCUAGGUUCUCUGAUCUGCUGUUGUAGGUUGUGUGUGAAGAAAUAUGGAUUUGUGUUCUAGGAAGUCUUAUUGUUAAUAUUUUGAAAUAGUGAUGUGAAAGCCUGAGUGCUCCUAUCAUUUUUUUUAUUUGUUUUGUGUUCUGUGUAUCACUGCUGAAAGUUGUGUUUAUUUGGUGAGGUUGGAGCCAGCAAUCAACACCACGGUACCAAAAAUAUCUGCUUUUUUUUCUAGGCAAAUCUGUGAAAAUUGGAGACAUGUCCAGCUCAAACCUCCCUAGUAAUUAAAUUAAAAUUCUCUGUAGAUUGGCUACACUUGAACAAAACCUUCACUUUAGGAGUGAGUUAGAGUGGGUGAGGAUGAAAGGAGGUUUGGGAGGAAUGUGUUUGAUUGACCCAGAGCAGUGAAGCAUCAAACCCAUCAAAACCCAGAUUUAUAGGAGUGUAAAGAUCAGGAUUUGGGAAAAAAAAUGGUCCUCAAGUGAUGCUAAAUGGCUUUAAGGCCCUGCAUGUUAACAAGAGGGGAAAAAUAAAACUUUUCUUUGUGAAGGGGCGUGGGAGGGUCCUGAGCUUAACGUGAUGUCAACGUUUGUACAUAGUUCAAAGUUUUUAAUUUUUUUUAUAUGACGCAUUUUUUCAAGUGUAUUUUGGUCUUUAAUAGAUGCAAUUGUAAGUACUGUGUACACUCUCCAGCUAAUAAAAUUUAUAAACUGA